AUGGCGAAGUUCCAAGAAGUUAUAAUGAAACUCGCAGAAACUUAUCCAAAUGCGCCAUUAACGGCAGCCCGCAAGAGCAUUCUCCAAGACCGCACGAGUCAAUUGCUAUCCCAGUCCCAAACCCCAGAUCACCCUCCUUAUGCUGCGAUGAUAGAACGGGCGAUUCAGGAGUUGAAUGAGAAAUGGGGUUCUAGUGAGGACUCCAUAUCGAAGUUUAUCGAAAAAGAAUAUAAUAAUUUGCCAUGGGCUCAUUCGACAUUGCUGAAACAUCAUCUUAGAAAACUUUGUGAAUCUGGGGAAGUUGUGACUCGUGGCCAGAGAUAUUUGCUUGGCGGGGCAAUUCCAAGUCUGAAGUCAAGCACAGGUCAUAAGAGAAAGAAAAGAAAGAAGAAAUGGAAACUGAACUGGGACUGGGAGAGGGAACGAUACAAACCAUGUAAGAGACGUGAGUCUAAGCAAAAAAAUCAGCGAAAAGGAGAUCAAAAUGAAGUAACUGAAGACCACAAGGAAUCUGAAGGCCUAGAAAAUCAUUUAAGUGAAAAUACAAUGUAUGGGGAAGAGAAGCAAAAAGAAGAGGAUAAGGGAGAGAGGUUGCUAUUAUAUAACAUUAGAGAAAGUAAUGAUGGUUUUGAUCCUAGCCCUUUGUCCACUGAACCUCCCAGUAGGAUGGAAUUCGAUGAAUACAAGUAUUUGGAGGAGGCGAAACCCCAGCGGCAAGAAGGGGACAAAGCUGAAGAUAACUGCCCUGAACUUUCAACCCAGAGGCCUCUGGGUUUCGAGUCAAUAAGUGUUGAGCCUAUCAGUAGGAUGGAAUUUGAUGAGAACAAAUAUUUAGAGGCGACAAAACCUCAGCAGCAAGAAGGGGACAAAGCCGAAGAUAACUGCCCCGAACUUUCAAAUCAAAAGCCUCCUGGUUUCGAGUCAAUAAUAGUUGAGCCUCCCCGUAGGAUGGAAGUUGAUGAAAACAAAUAUUCGGAGGCAGCAAAACUGAAGCAGCAAGAAGCGGAUGAAGCCAAAGAUGACUGCCCUGAACUUUUAAGUCAGAAGCCUCCUGACUCUGAGUCAAUAAGAAUUGAGAACUCGAUCUACUCUAUGGUUGAUUUUGGUGCCCAAGAAUGCUCCAUUGUGACGGAAAAAAUGCACUUGUUAGACAGUAGCUCAGAAAAGCUUGAUUCUGCUGAAGGCGUGAAUUUGGAACUGACUAAUAUGGAGCAUCCUAUUAUUCAGGAGCCUUUGAUAUUUGGACCGCUAAAAGACAGAGCUGUUGGGCCUAAAGGGCUAGAACUUGUGAGUUCCGAAGAGUUUUGUCAAUCAUUGCGUAACCGAAGGCUGCCUGAACCUAAAACAGCGGCAACUACAUGUUAUAUGAAAGGUUUGGCUUUCUCCAAGUCGAAGGAUCAACAUUCGCCACAGUUAAAGCUUUCAAAUCUGGAAAGUCUUCAGGAUCAACUGAAGACACCCAAUAACUCGACAGCAGUCACAGAUCAGCGAGCAAAGCUCCGUAGUUAUAGAAAGCAGCAUGAAUUUGAACAAUUUAAUCUUUCAAAAUCAGAUGGGAAGGAAGUAGUACAGUCGUUUGUUAAUGAAACCGACAAGCUGGGAGCUAAGAAACGUGAUAGAAGAAGGAAGACAAUGUCCUAG